UAGGCUGCUAGUUAUGGGCGGAAAUGCCCUGCUAAAACAAGGAAGGCGACAAGGGACGGAUCCGAAGCCGGAAAGCCCGACAAGGCAGGAAAGUCGCUUUUGAAAGCCUUCCUCCGAUAUCUUCAAUUCUUGAUCUAAAGUAAAGAAUAUUAAGCAUACCUACCUACCUACCUUAUCCCACCCGUGUUUUCACUCCAAUUUCUGCUACUCUUCCCCCCCAUUGGGAGAGAAUACGGGAUUAUCACUUCGAUUGCUGUUGGAUCAAUUCAUGGGUUCGAUCUUAUCUGCAUAUUGAUAAUGCUGAGUUCGAGGGGCAACCGCCUCUGGAUCUGUAAUAGAUGUGUUCGACACACGACCAAACCUCCACAACGGCGAUGGAACUCUAUUGCCUCCGCAGUAGCCCAGGUUAUCUCCCCAAGCACACCGGUCGAUCAUACCGCGAGCUCGAAUCACGAUGAUACUGUUUUACGCAACUUAUUCGACGCCCCCACGGGCAGAACUUUCCCCAAGUUCAGCUUGAAGAAGAGCCAAGGUCUCUUCAAGAACCGAUACCUCACCAGCCCUGGUGGCUUCCAGCAGUUCGCUCAGAAGAACCUCGAACGAGCAAAAAAUAUCGUUAAUAAAGUCCUAAGUGCAUCCUCCGUACAUGAGUACCGUGCGGUGGUCCGCGACCUUGAUCGGCUUAGCGAUCUAUUGUGCCGUGUACUGGACCUCGCAGAUUUCGUUCGUAUGACGCAUCCAGAUAGCCGGUUCCAGGAAGCGGCUGCCAACGCAUGGGGUAUGGUAUAUCAGUACAUGAACCAGCUUAAUACCAUGACUGGCCUCAGUGAUCAGUUAAGUCAGGCGCUAUCUAUCCCCGAAGUUACAAAGGUGUGGUCGGAAGAAGAGAGAACUGUGGCUUUACAGCUCAAGUUGGACUUCAUGAAAUCUGCUGUAAAUUUGCCAAAAGCUUCACGAGACAGAUUCGUGGAUUUGUCCUCGCGUAUCAGCGAAAUAGGAUCGGCUUUUGCACAGGGAAUGCAGCCAGCAAGAAAACAAAUUACCCUUCCGGCUUAUAAGUUCUAUGGCCUUUACCCAGGCAUCGCAGCCACGCUCAAAGUACGACAGAACAUCACGCUACCCACUCUGAGCUCAGAUGCAAUAGGAGCACUUCAAAGUGUGCAUGACGAGGAGACUCGCAAAGAAAUUUACCUGGCCCAACGAACCGCGUCUCGGGAGACUGUUAUGUACCUCGAGGCAAUGUUAAAGUUGAGAGGUGAGCUCGCAGAGCUUGCAGGUUUCGAAAGUUAUGGUCACAUGGCCCUGAAGGACCGCAUGAUGGCCAAGACUCCUGCGUCUGUAAUGGAGUUUCUCCUUGCUCUAAGAAAUAACAACACACCGGUAGUCCAGGCCGAACUGCAAGAACUGGUUUUGAAGAAGCGAGACAGACUCAACCUUCCAGACGUCCCACUCCAAGCCUGGGACAAAGAUUUUUAUAUGGAGAAAAUCAGAGUUGACCUGAGGUCUAGACAGCGACAAGAAGAUCAGCUCAACGCAUUUUUUUCUGUUGGGACUGUCAUACAAGGCCUAUCGAGACUCUUUGAUCGGCUUUAUGGUAUCCGUCUUGUGUUGCGGGAGACUCUUCCUGGUGAGACAUGGCACCCUGAAGUGAAACGACUUGAUGUUGUCACUGAUAAGGGGGAACUAAUUGCUGUUCUCUAUUGCGAUUUGUUUCAUCGCCCACAAAAGUCCGGAAAUCCCGCUCAUUUUACAGUCAGAUGUUCCCGGGAGAUUCUCCCCGAGGAAAUAGCAGAGGUCGCUGCUGAUCAUAACAGCAGUGGGCCAAGUUUCGAGUCACCCGAGAUGGCAGCCAACGAUGGCAUGGAGACUUCCUCCGCGGACGGUGUACUGAAACAACUGCCUACUAUUGCACUUGUCUGUGAUUUUCAGCCAAGUGAGAACUCUAAGGAGCCCUCUUUGCUAUCCUAUCAAUCUGUCGAGACCCUGUUCCACGAAAUGGGCCAUGCUAUUCACUCUGUUCUUGCACGAACUAGCUUCCAGAAUGUCUCUGGGACUCGUUGUGCGACCGACUUUGCUGAGCUACCAUCGACACUUAUGGAGCACUUCGCUGCUGAUCCUACUGUCCUAUCUCUCUUUGCACGUCACUGGAAGUCGGACCGACCUUUACCUUACGAACUCGUUGCUGAAAGAAUCCGGUUAACUAAACGAUUCGAAGGCUUGGAAACAGAGAACCAGAUCAUUCUUGCAAUGGUAGACCAGGCCUACCAUGCCUCAACUAUGCGGGAUGCAGAGUUUGACUCAACCGCUGUUUUCCAUGAUAUCAAGGCUCGCUUUGCCCAUGGUCCUCGAGAUCCGCCAAAUACUUGCUGGCAGGGAUUCUUUGGCCACCUGCAUAGUUACGGAAGUACCUACUAUAGUUAUCUCUUUGACCGUGUACUCGCCGAGCGUGUUUGGCGUGUUGUGUUCAAGGCUGGUGAGAAUGGAGGUGCCAUCAAUCGCGAAAACGGAGAGCGGUUGAAGGAGAACCUGCUAAAAUGGGGAGGCGGCAGGGACCCUUGGACUUGUCUCGCCGACACGCUUCAGGAUGAGAGACUCGCACCUGGUGACGAGAAAUCCAUGGCCUUGGUUGGGAGCUGGGGAAUAAAGGAUGACCACCACCCAUAGGAACAUAGAAAUCAUAUACGAAUCAUCAAAAGCAAUCAAGUAGAUCAAAGCAUGCAGAUGCAACGAGGCCGUCACACGCAGUAGAAGACAAGUAGAGCCAAGAAUUUGUGCCAGAAUGGCAAUGGCAAUAGGUAGUCAUGGUUCUUGAUUUAUUAUUCUCAAAGAUGACCUUCAAUCGCUAAUUCAAAAUGACGU